AUGUUAGUACCACUUGUAGACAUUUCAAACCAACAAUUAUCAGUAGAUUUUAUCAAGUCUCUUGAUUUAAUUGGAGAAAUUAUUCUUCGUAUUCCUGAUUUUAGUGAUACAUCUUUGCUAACACAAUUUCUUGAAAGACAUCAAUUAGAUAAAUAUUGGUUGUUUUCAGUAAAAGAAAUAGUACCUGAUGAUAUUGAAAAUAUCAUUCAAUUUCUUGAUCAAGGUGCUCAAAAAGUAAUUAUUCCGGUUUCAAAAAUUUUGACAAAUGAUUAUACUUCUGCUUUACCAGCAGAUAGAUUAGCUGUUUGUGUAAAUUCACGCGAUUUAUGUGAUGAAGAAUUGAUUAAAAAAUUAGCAGGACUAGUUUCUGGAUAUUUUGUUACUGAUGUUGAUUUGAAAUCUAUUUCUGGAAAUUUUUUUCAAGAUUUGAAUAAUUUUAUACAAAAUGUACAAAAAAAUACUAUUUUAUCUGGUUCAAUAGCAAAAGUCGGCAUUGUUUUACAAGAAACAAAUAAUAUAAAAUAUUCAUCGGAUUUGGUUCAACAAUUAUCGACAAUUUCUGCUGAUUUAGUAGUUCCUAUUAAAUAUCUUACGUUGGAUUCAGAUAAUAAUCUGUUAAACGUAGCGGACGCUUUAACAUGUACAUUAAAAUCUGAUCGUCCUGAUGGUUUGUUUAUAACUGUUGUGGUGGAUGAGAGAGGUGUGGCAUUAGGGGUUGUAUAUUCAUCUACAGAAAGCGUUAGAGAAGCACUCAAAACUAGAACGGGUGUAUAUCAAAGCAGAAAACGUGGUUUAUGGCAUAAAGGUGCUACAUCAGGAUCUGUUCAAGAAUUAAAAAAAAUUGAGGUGGAUUGUGAUGGUGAUACUUUGAAGUUUACAGCUAAACAGUUUGGAACUGGUCUUAUUGCACUUGAAGAAACACUUCAAAAUCGAAAAAUAUCCGCACCUUCUGGAUCAUACACACAACGAUUAUUUCAGAACCCAGAUUUACUUCACUCAAAAAUCAUGGAAGAGGCAGAUGAAUUGUGUUCCGCUGCUACCAAAGAUAACAUUGCUUGGGAGACUGCAGAUUUAUUAUAUUUUGCCCUUGUUAAAUGUGUUGCAAACGAUGUUUCGCUAACUGAUGUUGAAGCGCAUUUGGAUAAACGUGCAAAGAAAAUAACUCGGCGACCUGGUAAUGCAAAACCUCAAUGGGAUAUUUCCUCUAAAAAAACAACGGAAACUGACAACAAUGCAAAAGAAUGUAAAUCAGAUACUAUUAAAAUGCAAAAAUUCAAAUUAUCUGAAAUUGAUUCGAUAAAAAGGAUAUCACUUCUCAAACGACCUAUCAUCAAUUCUGAUGAUAUUAUGGCACGAGUGCGUCCGAUUGUCAAUGAUGUACGCAAUAAAGGUGAUGCAGCCAUUAUUGAAUACACAGCAAAGUUUGAUAAAGUUCAACUUAAUACGCCCGUCAUUUCUGCGCCUUUUCCACCAGAAGCGAUGGCGCUCGAUGACGUCACGCGUUGUGCGAUUGAUAAAGCUUAUGAAAAUAUUUACAAAUUUCAUGAUGCGCAAUAUGACCGUUCAACAUUAAUUGUUGAAACAAUGCCUGGUGUAGUUUGUUCACGAUUUAGUCGACCUAUUGAACGUGUUGGACUUUACGUUCCGGGUGGUACUGCGGUCCUACCAUCAACAGCCCUUAUGUUAGGCAUACCAGCUAAAGUAGCAGGAUGUAAAGAAAUAAUUAUUGCAAGCCCGCCACGAAAGGAUGGAACCGUUGUACCCGAAGUGCUAUAUGUAGCACAUAAAGUUGGUGCAUCUAAAGUUUUGUUGGCAGGCGGUGCUCAAGCAAUCGCAGCGCUUGCAUAUGGAACCGAGUCAGUACCUAAAGUAGACAAAAUAUGUGGUCCUGGAAAUCAAUACGUUACCGCUGCAAAAAUGUUGGCACAAAACGAUAGUUCUGCGAUGAUUUCCAUUGAUAUGCCCGCAGGGCCUUCUGAAAUUUUAGUUAUCGCAGAUAACUCAAGUAUUCCCAAGUAUGUGGCAUCUGACCUUUUGUCACAAGCAGAACAUGGGACAGAUUCACAGGUAGUAUUGGUCAGUGUUUCUCUAACACCUGAACAUCUUGCAAACAUUGAACGUGAAAUUCAUGAACAAGCAAGUCGUCUUCCAAGAGUAGAUAUUGUUCGUGAAUCAAUAUCCAAAAGUUUUAUCUUGCAAGUAAAUAAUAUAAAAGAAGCAAUAGAAUUUUCAAAUGACUAUUCACCCGAGCAUUUAAUACUACAUAUUGAUGAAGCCGAAAAAUGGGUAGAUGCCAUUAAAAAUGCAGGCAGCGUUUUUGUUGGGGCUUAUUCACCAGAAAGUUGCGGGGAUUAUGCCUCCGGUACCAAUCAUACUCUUCCCACAUACGGUUACGCGCGAAUGUAUUCUGGCGUUAACACACUUACGUUCCUAAAACAUAUCACAGCACAAAAAUUAACCAAACAAGGAUUAAAAGAUUUAGGACAUACAGUUAUGAGAUUAGCUGAAAUUGAAGGGUUAGAAGCUCAUAGAAAUGCGGUUCAUAAUGAAAAGGAUUGUUUGAAAAUUCAAGAACUUUUAAAUAAAUUACCUUUGGUAUGCAGCAAAAUCAAGCGAAUGGAAUAUGUGUCUCAUGGAAGAGUAGAUCCUAAUAUUACAAAUAUUUCCGAUAUUAUGACAAAAAUAAUUGAAACCCAACUUGGUAUAAAAGAGUUCAUAUUUAAACAAAAUUUAGAUUAUUAUUCAGCAAAUUUUAUAAAUGUUCCUAUGCAAGCUCUUAAAUCUCAAGUAAAUUGGUUAACUUCUCUAAUGUUUGACUACGUACAUUUUGACUUUAUUUCGGUAUCAAUUUUGGCUAGUAUGACAAAUUUGGAUUCAUUACAAUUAAAAAAGUGCAAAUGGAAAAGAACAGAUCGGUUAAAAAUAGUUAAAGCAUUAUCAAGGUCAACUUUUCAUCUCAAGUUCUUGUCAGUUUUAGAAGAUUCAUGGCCAAAUGUCAUAAUUCCUACAAUUCUUGAGAGAGCUGGUGAUACUUUAAAACAUUUAGUAUUCGAUCAUGUUUCAAUCUAUGUAAUUCAAAUUGCCAUGGAACACUGUUUAAACAUUAACAUUUUAUAUAUUCAAAUUGGAGUAGAAGAUUUUGAUUAUAUUUUCCCUUGGAUCAAAAUGUUAAAAUUAGAAAAAUUCGAUUUAAAAUUUUUAUUAACUGGAAGAGGUCGUAGAAUAACUUUAUCUCCAGAGGAAACUUCAAAAGUUUUGCAACAUUUAGGACAAUCCAUAUCUUUAACUCUUACACACUUACGAUUAGAUGGUCUUAAAAUUACAAGGAAAUCAUUUGAACAAUUUUUAAAAAAUUGUCAUGCUCCAUUACAUACUUUAAUCAUUCGAAAUAUAUUCUUUGAGGAUUUUGAAGAUUGUGUUCCUGCGAUUAUCAAUUUUGCUGAUACUCAUAAAACUUUAAAAUUAUACGGUGAUAAUACUACUGCUAUAUCAACUAAUAAGAAAUUG